CGGAAAGCGACCUUUUAACAUUCGCACAACGUAAACAACAUUAUGAUUGUGACAAGUCAUAUAUAAAGGAACUCUUUACUGCCGAUACCCGACCACGUAGUGUACGUGUUCUUUAUGAAGAUGCCGGUAAAGUGACACCACCUCCACCAUCUUCUACGGCUCAGUCAUCGGCGGCUGGUUCUCCCAUACAAUUUGCAUCCGGUCAUGUUUUAGGUGAUGGCAGUAGUAGUAACGAUGGCAUGCUUGAUAUGACCAAUGCUGGUGGUACAAAUCAUCAUCAUCAUCUGGCUGCUGGCAGCGAUGAUCUGUUGUUGUGUUCAUCGGCAUUUGGUGUAAAUACGAAUCGUAUGAUGCGUACACGUAUUGAUGCUGAAAUUGAAAUAAGAUUGCCCGCCGCCAUUGAAGAUUUGCGCAAAUGGACUUCUUCUGAAGCCCUCGGUGAUGUUACCGUCACACCCGAUUGUAUGCAUCAUGUUGAUACAUCGAUUAGUACAUCGGUGUGUAUUGGUGAUAAUGGCAUUCUAACACCAGCCCUUUCUCCGUCCGUUCUAUCAGCUGAUGCUGUAGAUGCAUUAUAUUCCAUUAAUGUUAGUAACACUAUAGAUAACAGUCAAAUUCCUAAUGAUAUCAAUAAAGAUGUGCCUUUAAAUCAUCGACUGCCCUCACCCGAAGAACAAUGUAAAAUAAUAGCAUUAAGAUAUCCUGCCGAAGUCAUAUCUGUUGAUACAUCCGGUAAACGUUUUCAACGCAUGUGUAUGGCUCGUAAAUCAACCACUGGUGUCUUUACCCACAUGCCCGAUACAAACAAUCUAAACGAAGAUGUACAAACCGUCUCAAGACGUUCUAGAUCGCGCAAGGCUUGUGGCAAACGAAGAAACACUAUAGCCGGCAUAGAUCAAAAGGAAAUACAAGAUGCAGCAAAUGGCGAUUCGACGGCUACUAGUGGCGAGCUUAAAACUGCUUUAGCUUCGACUGAAGAUGGAAAUGGGGAUCAACGCAGUCGCUUGGGAACAACAUCGAAGAAAUUUGGUCGCAGCAAGUCGAGCGAUAUAUUAAAAAAAGAAUCUGUUGCCUUGCCAUAUGAUAAGGGAAAGAAUACGUUGACCCGUCUUAAUUCACUUAAACAAUGGGGCCGCAAUCGUUUCAAGUUUAUGCAGAGAAACAAUAAUGGUGAAUUAACACAACAGCACGCUUCCACACUGUCCACCAUCGACAGCAGUGGUUGUAGCAAUGAUUUAAAUACUUCGGGUACUAGUUCGCAUAAUUCUUCAACGGAGAAAGCAGAAAUAUGUUCAGCUUCGGGUUCGGCUAGUGGAUCAUCGAAUAAGACUUCGUCCACGGCCAAGAUAGGUGAGAAAUCGGGUACAGAUGUCGAUGAGGAUUGUCGGGUACAUGAUUUGAUAACACAGCGCACGAACGAAAGUCGGUUUUCGCAUGAACGAAAACCCUCGUAUUCGUCGUCCGAGAAAUCGAUGAGUGUUAGCAGUUCGGGCCACUUGAGAGGAAAACUUCACUUGAAUUCGGUAUGUGCGAAUGUAAAGCUGAGAGAUACUUCUUCUUUGAAUCGCCAGAGGCGCAUUAAUGGUUUGGGCAGCAAAGAUGACCAACCCCAUUCGAGCAGCGGCAAUUGGAGUGCCAGCUCUGAGUCCGGUCGGGCUUCGAUAGGCAGUGAGAUCACUCUACAGCCCAAAUCGAGUGCUUCGAAUACUUCUUUAAAUGUGUCCAGUUUUCAUAAUGGUUCUGCUCCACCCUCCUCCAUGUUAAGUCGCAGAAGAUUUUUCAAUACCUCCGCUUCGUCGAGUGUAACAAGUGAGGGUACCGCUACUCCGGAUUUGCAAAUAAAUGCCAACAACAUGGAGGGCACUUAUCCUAAUCACUUGGAUGAUGAGACCAGUUCGGCUUAUUCUUGCGAUACUGAAGGCUAUUACACCUCCUUUCAUAUGGAUAGUGGUCUUAGAACUCUGAAAGAAGAAGAAUUCAAUAUGAGCAAUUUCCAGAUUGGAGGUCAACCCUUUAAUGCCUCCUUUGGGCAAUCGCAAUUAUCCUAUAACAAUAAUUCGCAACAAACCCUUAUGGCCGAGAAUGAAUAUGAGUUAUUUGGCAGAGGUUCUACCUCAACCACCACCAGUUCGGCUGGUACAGUUUGCACUACCCUAAUGGCUCACAACAGUGGUGCUGAACAGUCCAGCCUCAACAACAGCUUGGCCAGUUGUGGUCCCGAAGUACCCGAACGUAUAAGUUCUCUUAGACACAGUACAGCUUCAACAUCCACACUCGAGCGCAGCAUAUCCAGCAGUACUAUAGGCAGUACUUUAGAAAGAACUGGUACCAUAAAGAGAAAUGUCAAUGCCUCACUAAAGCUGACCACUUGCUCUGAUGAUUUAAGUGAUAAUAUGCAAAAUAUAGAUACACCCGAAUCCCAAGAAGAAGAAUUUAAUUACAGUGAACAAAUUAAGAAGCGCCAAGCUUUACCUUUGCCCUCAGCCUCAAAUGAAAUUGAAUAUUCGGAAAGUUCAGAUCUGGAGGGUGUAGAACGUAUAGAGCGUAUGAGGCAGAAAACAGCUUUGAACGCCAAACGUAUACCCUCAAUGUGUAUAAUAACGCCCUCUACUAGUGAUGAUGAGAAUCAAGCCCAUGAGGAGCAAAGUAAUGGCCACGAUGACGAAGACGAUGAGCUUAAUAAGACGCUAACAGAAGACAGUUUCAAAGAUUUAACUGACAUUGAAGAGGAUGAAAAGCUUUCUUUACAGGAAGUCGACAAUAAUUUGAAUCAUGUUAAAGCUAACAUGUCGCUAAUGGAUAAACUUAAGGUUGUUUUGCCCAAUAUUAAGAAAUCACCCUCCAAAGCUUUGCCUUCCCAAGAGCUUACUGUUAUCAACGAUGAUGAGCUUUAUGAUAUGGCCGGUGAAUAUGUCUACAUCUCUGCUGAUGUUAGUAAUAAUAACAAGAAAGCUUUACAGUCUGCUCAAAAUAUGCCUAAAGCUUCUGCGAACACCGGCCUGGGUAUUUAUUACUCCAACAAUGUGUUGAAUAGACUGCCAAAACCCACAGAGUAUGUUUCAUUGAAUGAACUGCCAAGAAACAUACAAAAAGCUUAUGCUAAGGAAUCUCAGUCGAUGAGUAGUAAAAGUGAGAAGGGUAGUUUUAAUAGAGAGACACAAUUGCAAGAACAAAGAAAUAAACAGGGCGCAGAAUCGCAAUUUAUUGAGGAAACAAAACAAAGCAAUUUGCCAACAAUGGCAAACACAACAACAACAACAAUGACGAGAGCGGCAGCCGCGUCCAUACCCAUGUAUGCUGAAAUAAAUGAAUUACGUUCAGAAAUUGCAGCAUCUGCUUCAACAAAUGCUCUCAGCUACUUGCAAAACACACCACCAUCGUCUGCAGCCUCUUCGCCGCACGUUUCACCCCAUAAAGGAGCGAGAGUACGUUUGAAUGCACAAGGCAAACCAAUCUAUGAUUCCGAUAGUUUGAAACGACGUAAAGGCGCGCACACAACAUUCGCACCGGGUCCGUACGUUAAACGGCAACAAGAGGACGCUUUAGACGACGACUAUAAGGAAGUUGAAAACGAAAGUAUCGAUACUACAAUACGCAAUACGGCAAGUGAAAGUGUUAAUCCAGCCGCAAAAUUACUUUUACUCAACAAGGGCAAUGCAAAUCCACGAAAAAUUGCCAAUGUCCGGCCCAUAAUAAAUAAAUCGCAUCUCCAAAGACCACUGCCUUCUACACCGGUAGAACUGCAACAGCAACAAUACACUGCCAACGAAAUGUCCGGGUUUUAUAUGACUUCCCAAUAUGCGGUGUACAAUAAAGACACUGGCGGCAGCAACGCCAAUGUCAAUAAUACCAAGCAUUUAAUAGCCAAUGGCACCAAUCCCUAUUUCCAUCAACAGUCUAUGCAUUCUCCAUCAACUAAAUCGACAGCUUCAAGUACUGGCUCCACCAUAUCAUCAACGGCAUCCUCCUCAUUAUCAUCAUCCACAACAACCACUACACAAAGUGGCUCAUCCAAAGAUGACGAAGGUAAGCUUUAUAAACCUCUAAGUAUUAUAACAUCCCCAGACCCCUCUUCCUCCAUCACACUACACCUAGACCAUGUAAAUAAUAAACAAAUUAUUAACAAAACCACCAACGAUUUAAAUAAAAAACUAACAUCAAUGUGUAGCAUGAAUGAGGAAGCUCAAAUAAAUUCUUUAAAUUCAAAUUCAGUGCGAAAUAUGAAAAGUGUUUUAGACAAAGAAAACGAAAGCCAAGAAAGAAAAGUUGAAAAUGAAAAAUCAUUAGAAACAACAUCCGCAUCUAGAACCCCCACCCCCACCCCAACUCUUUCAACUUUUCCACCACCACCACCUUUGCCACCUAGAGAUUUAAAAUACCAAAAUUUCAAACACAAACAAACAGCUGCGAAUAAUGCACUUCCGCCCCAAGUGGAUGUGAAUCCAAGUGACGACGAUAUAGACGACGUAGUUGUUGUUGUAAACGAAUCCCCCUUUGCAACAGCAAUAACAACAACGUCAACGCCAAACAACAAAGAAAAAUCGAUUCAAUAUAACGAUGACCCAAAAACGAAUCUCAAAAAAGCAACGACGAACGACAAAAUAUUAAACUCCCCAAACAAUGCAAAAACGCAUUUACCCACAACAACCACCCUCUCAUGGCCCCACCCAUCAGCUUACUCCCCCUCACUUUCUGCCAACAAGCAUAUGCCUUUGAAGCGUAACAACAGUUAUAGACUAGCAAACGAUGAUUUGAAAUUAGAAAUGAACAAAGAAAAUCACAAUGUCUACAAUGAUUCCCUCACUCCUUCAAUAGCUACACCAAGUCCACAUCAUUUUCAAUCACUGCCUCGCACAAAGGUUAAGAAUAUCAUGCAUAAUGUUCUAGACGAUUCAAGUCAAAAAACCCAUUUAUCUGCCCAACCUACUUUAACUUCAACACCACAAAAUACUGCAGCAACACCGACGUCUGGCAAUCAACAGCCAGCGUCUAGGAAAAUUGCCAAAUCUUUUGAACGUUUAGUAGAUGAGUUCUCUUUGUCCACCAUCUCCAUGGAUUCAUCUUAUUUGCGUAAUAAAUCUUUGGAAAAUUUCGAUGAUUCACCUUCGAUUUUAACACCCAAUUUAACCGAGAAUUCGAAUACAACUUUGAAUGGCAAGAAAUUGGAUGAAGAUGAUGUGGACUCAGAUUCUGACUUGGAUAGUUUAAUAGCACCUUCUAUACCACAAAUAAAAUAUCACAAGUCCUUUAUAGAGGCGGUUUUAAUGAAACCCCUAAAGAUUAUACGACCUACCGAUGAGAAUCGUAAAAGAAUUUUACAAAAGUUUGAGGUUACUGAAAUUUGGUGAGUUUAGAGAGUGGUGAAAAGAGAGAAGGUGAAUUUUAAAAGUAUUUUAUUUGGUAAGUUUAGAGAUUUAUGUUUAUUUAUAAAUUAAUUAGGAAUAUGGGGGGAAUCAAGUUUAUUGAAGAAUAUUACAGAAAAGGAAAGGAAUUUAACUUUAUCGGAUUUAUGCUUUCAAUGGAAAUGGUGUAAAAUUAUCAUUUGCCAAAAGUCAAUCUAAAGCCCCCUUCACACGAGCACACAAGUAAUAUGAUCUGUCAAAAUUUUGUGUAGAAGAGAACGGAUGGGAUCGUCUAAACGCAAUAUGUAAUGAAACCAUCACACUUUGAGAGAAA